GGAAGUAGGAGGAGGAAGAAGAAGAAGGUGUGUUUUUAAGAAGGGUGUGUUGCUUCUGUUGGUUUGUCUGAGGCAACUGCAGGAGACAGUUUCAUAUGUUGUGAGCUGAGAAUCAAACCAGGUGUCCUUCCUUUUUCAGUGUGGUGUGUGAAGAUGGAGCACAACAACAUAAACAGUGAGACUGGGAAUCAUCAGAUGUUUGAAGGUUUGACCACACGGUUGAACCACUUUUAUGAUGACCACAAGGUAGCACAGCUGAUAAAUACAAGAAUCGGGCAGUACCUGAGCAGCCACCCUUUCUUAGCUCUCAUAGUGUUGAUGUUCGGCGCCAUGGCUGCUCUGCCUGUCGGAAUGUUCCUCUCUUUUGCUCUUGUGACCAUUAUUAUGUCGGCAGUAGGUUUUGUUUUCUUUGAAGUGUUCCUGUUGAUUGUAGGCGGGUUGACUCUGCUCUCUGUGCUGUCUGGCAUCGCCCUCUUCUCUGUCAUGGUUUCAGUCGCCGUUAAUGUGCUUUAUAUCCCCAUCUCCAACGUCCUGAGACGCUAUUACCAGAAUCUGACAAAGCAAGAUAAGGUCCAGGAGAAGGAGAGUGAAUGUGAAACUUCAAGACUGAGCGAGACUUUCAUGUAGAAAAGUUUAAAAUCGCUGAGUGUGCCUUAAAUCAGCACUACUGAGGCUCAGUGGGUGUGAUUCAGUGGAUUCAGACCCUUGAAUGUACUUUAUGUAACAGAUUGUAUAAGCACAAAGACUCCCUGUACGUCUAAAGCCUAAAGAUUAUUAUUACAUAUUGUUCUAAAUAUCGAAGUGUCAUUAUCUCUAUGUAGACAUUCGAUAUAAGUGUAAAGUAUCUACAACAGCCAACAGCCAUAAUAGUCAAAUACAGAAUAUUUAUUUUUGAUCUAAUCUGCAAGUUUUCUAUAUUUGCACUUUGCACAUAUCUUGAAAUGGCUGCUCAUUUCAAGAUAUGUUGAAAAAGAGAACAAAUGUUGACUGCUGUCUGAACAGUAUAUAUGCCUAUUAGUAAAAAGAAAUCACUACAAUAAAACUGUUACAUAUUUAUUUUUGCUGUUACCUUUUAAAAUAGCACAAUGUUGUACUUUUGUAGCUUUGAAUAAAUGCUCAUCAGGACAAACGUUGGUACUGGUCUUCUGACCAAACAGAGAAUGAGAAAUGUCAGUAAACUUUAAAUUAUAAUGGAUUCAGAACGAUGUAUUCUUGGUAAAGAUGCAGUGUAUUGUGUGGCACACGCCAAUUGAUCUUGAAUUGAUUUAUCAAUGUGGUAUAACUACUAUACAUUUUUCUUCAUGGGAGAAUAUGUUGAUGUAUUACAAGGAACUGGAGAUGAGUUUGGGAGGUAAUGGUCUAUCCUUUAGUAUGUGUUUUGGGUGCAGUAAUCUUUAUUGGAAUAAACUGAGUUUACUA